UGUCAUGUGACUAGUUAGCGGUUGUGGGAGUUUAUGAUCAAUUUAUCAGUCCAUUGUCGCUGUAAAACAUGCUUUGCUUGAAGUGGCAAGCCCUGUUGGUGUACUGUGUGGGCAUUAUCUUUGUUACAUUGGUUGAUGGUGGGACGUUCACCAUUGAUUACGCAGGGAACCAGUUUUUGAAAGAUGGCAAACCGUACCGCUACGUGUCUGGGAGUAUUCACUACAACUCCAUACCCCGCGUCUACUGGGAGGAUCGGCUUAACAAAAUGUAUGCAGCCGGUUUGAACUCCAUUACUACAUAUGUUCCAUGGAAUUAUCACAACCCAAGACCAGGCGUUUACGAUUUUGAUGAUAACUUAGAUCUUGUCGGCUUCAUCAAGUUGGCUCAAGACAUUGGAUUCACUGUUGUUCUCAGACCUGGACCCUAUGUGGACGCAGGCUGGGAUUUUGGUGGACUUCCAGGAUGGUUGACAGCACAUGUACAAAACAUGGUGGUCAGAUCAAUGGAUCCUGUGUACAUUCCUGCUGUGGAGAAAUGGUUGAGUGUUCUGAUGCCAAUGGUCAAAUCUCUUCUCUAUCAGAAUGGUGGACCAAUCAUUGCCGUACAGGUAGAAAAUGAAUAUGGCAGCUACUCUGCGUGCGAUUUCAACUACAUGAGAUACUUGAAGAAGAAGUUCCGUGAAUACCUGGGAAACGACAUUGUUUUGUUUACUCUCGACGGAGGGGCAGACUGGUUCUUGAAGUGUGGAACUCUUGAGGGUCUCUACGCGACAAUAGAUUUUGGCACUGCAUUGAACGCCACCAAGGCGUUUGAGCCUCAGAAGAGAUGGGAGCCUCAUGGCCCUUCUGUUUGUAAUGAGUUCUACACUGGAGCACUGAACUACUGGGGCGAACCUUGGCACCAUGGUGAUGGGCGCCUUAUUUCAAAGAGUCUGGAUAUUAUUCUGGCAUAUAAUGCCAGUGUUAGCAUAUUUAUGUUUGCGGGUGGAACAACGUUCGGCUAUUGGGCAGGAGUCUUACUAGCACGACCACUGAGGAUAAUGAUUCCGAGUUAUGACUAUGAUGCUCCAAUCACAGAGUCGGGAGAUACCAACAGAAAAUAUUUUGAAAUGAGAGAUGUUAUUAGGAAGUAUACAAAUAAUAAACCCAUGCCAGUUCCACCAAAUGCCACCAAAGUUGCGUAUGGAUCAGUCAAUUUAACUAAGUUGUUUUCAAUACAAGAUGGUGUUUCCGAACUGACAUCUGGUGUCGUGAAGUCAGCAUAUCCCAUCAACAUGGAGAAUCUUGGACAGUAUUAUGGUUACAUCUUGUAUCGACACACUAUUGUUAAGAGUUACAACCAAGAGGAGUUGGAAAUAGCUGGAAUCAGAGACCGGGGUUACGUGAUGGUCAACACAAAACCUGUUGGCAUAUUGAUGCACCAAGAAAGUUAUGUCCUGCUAGUGUCUGUCAAGCCAGGUGACACUCUGGAUAUUUUAGUGGAAAAUAUUGGUAAAGUUUUCUAUGAACCUGGACUCGACCCAAAUCAGAAGGGUAUAAUCAGCAAUGUUACCAUUGCCGGAGAUACGCUGAUAAACUGGGAAAUAUUUCCACUGUAUCUGGAAAAUAUAACUAACUCCAAAAUUAGCAAAAUUUCUAGUCAACGACAGCCUUACAAAAGACAAAAUGGAGGCAACUGGACAACACCAACCUUUUAUACAGCAUCAUUUAAACUUCCUAGUGGUGCUGAACCCAGUGAUACAUUCCUAGACCCCCGGCCCUGGGGUAAGGGUCAUGUUUUCUUGAACAAUUUCAACCUGGGUAAAUACUGGCCAUCCAAGGGGCCACAGGUGACUCUGUACGUGCCGAAGAAUCUUCUGUUAGCAUAUCCUCAAGAAAACAAACUUCUCAUCCUGGAACUUGAACAUGAUCCAUGCGUUACCAUGCCAACCAACUGUACCAUGAGGUUCCUUGAUAAAGCAGACUUGGGAAAACCAGACUUUUAGCUUACACUAAUUUUAAAACUUAUAGCUCAGGUUUUGUUUUUUAGAUUGUUUGGUAGUACUUAGGAGACCUUUUAAAUAUCAUUAAGAUACACCUGCACUGUUAAUUCAAAUCACUGAAAAUCUGUCCAUUUUUGUAUUUAGUAAUAUCCAGAUGCACGUAAAAUCCAUGCACAUGUGACCACAAAACAUAUACUUACAUAUAUAAUCCAUGAAAGUCUAUGCACAUGUGACCACAAAACAUAUACUUACAUAUAUAAUAAUUGUUUGGUGUUUUAUAAGUAGGGGAAUAUUCUUAACUAUCCAUUCCUGGAAAAUAAUGGGACUCUGAACUAGUGGGCCUCAUCUCUAUUAUUUUUCAGGAAUGGAGUUAUUUGGCCAUUCCCCUAAAAAUGUUUUAGAAAAAAAAAACCCAACUUUAUAGGUGUGAAUUAAAAAUAUUUUAUACAUGUAAUAUAUAUAUAUUUUUUAAUUUUAAUUUUAUUUUGUUUUAAAUUUUAUUAUCAUAAUUUAAAUAUACUGUAUUUAUUUAUUUAGUUAACCAUUUUAUGCAAUAAAAAAAUUCAAAAGCCUGAAACAAGAAGAGAAGGCUUGUUAUGCCAAAUAAAACCGCAGUAUUAAAUAUGUGUUUUAAUGUAGCCAUGUUUUUAAAACAAGCUGUGGAUUCACUUGGUUUAUUCACUAUUAGUUUUAUCUUGUUCCAUGUUGGUACCGGUAGUUUUAACAGAUUUAUUUUAUUUUUGGUUAAAAUGUGUUUUUGUAGAAACUAGUACCAAGUUUUGAAAGUAGGUUAAAGUGUACCAAUAGCCUUAUUGUUUACAAUAUGCUCCUUGGCAUGUAAUAUAUGCUGUUUUUAUUGAUUAACUUUUAAAGAGACUGUUAUGAGUUUGUUGCCAUUCUUAUGUUGUUUAAUGACAACAAUUACAUAUUAAAUACAUGGGGUUUUUUUCUAAAUAAAAUAUCAGUGACCGUACGGUAUAUUAAAUGUGUUUCUGGCCAUCCUAGUGUUUAUUCUAGGUCCAACUUCACUUUAUUUCCUAAUAUAUAUAUUUUUCAUAUGUAGAAAAUUAUUGAGAAAUUAGCUGGUUUGGGCUACUUGCAAACAUUAGGAUGACAAAAAAAACACAUUGAAUAUACAGACACUGAUAUUCUGAACAAGAAACUAUAUACAGUGAAACCCCUCUAAACCGGACACCCUUGGGACCAAGUAAAA